AACUCUAUGAAUGGGGGAUUAAAGACGACGUCCCGUGAUGAGAUGAUGGGAGUAGUGCAAAAUCAUAAUUUAUCGGUUAAGAAUAAGAAAAUGAAGAAGCCCAGAUUUGCUUUUCAAACUAAAAGUCAGGUUGAUAUACUUGAUGAUGGUUAUCGAUGGAGAAAAUAUGGACAAAAGGCUGUCAAGAACAACAAUUACCCAAGAAGCUACUACAGAUGUACUCAUGAAGGAUGCAAUGUGAAGAAACAAGUACAGCGCCUUUCCAAAGAUGAAACAGUUGUAGUGACUACUUAUGAAGGCAUGCACACUCAUCCUAUUGACAAGCCCAAUGAUAAUUUUGAACAAAUCCUUCAUCAGAUGCAUAUUUUGCCUAAUCCUCCCAAUCACAUACCCUUUAAUUAAUGCU